AUGUCGGCGCGAGCGAUCGCGCGCUCAGUCGGUCUUCAGGCGCACAGCUUCCACCCAACAGCAGCAGCAGCAGCUACCCGCAUCAAAGGCGUCGUGCGACACAGCCCCAACCCUUGCAACCGCAGGGAGGGUCUAAGAAUAGCUGAUAAAGUAAAGUCUGGACGGCUGUGGAAGGAAAGACGCAAGACGAUGGGCGUCGAUGCAGACACUGUCCAGAUGCUGAUCCUAAGUGCUGCUGCUCUCUUAAAGAAGCGAUGUUAUCUAUCAGCUCGUGGAAGUGAUUGUGAUUCUGGUGGUAGUAGUGGAGUGUUGGUGGUGACGGAGAUGAAGGAAAUUGUGAAGUUGGGAGGCUCCGACGACCUGCGCGCCCCCGAGCCGUCCGUGCGGCCCCGCCGCGGCCUCUUCCGGCCGCUGCUCGCAGACUUCCCGGAGCUGGCGCACAGCUGGCCCCUGUCCAAGUCCAUCUACGACGACCCGUCGCUGGCGGCGGACCGCAUCACCGUGCCGGGCUACCGCUACCUGCCCGUCAGCAGGGAGACGUACGGCUACAGCCCGCGCAACCUGUACCCCGGCCUGCCCUACACCGCCGCCGACCGUUACCGGCCCGGUACGUACCACAGCUACCACCAUUAACCAUCUUUCCCCUUCCUCCCCUCCCCCACGCACAUUUUUUCUCUCCCUCCCCUGCCCGACCCGCACACCCUGCCUGUAUCACUCCCCCCUGCCGUCCCACAACCAGCUCGCAGCCUGUCCUUUUGCGAUCUUGACGGCCGACACGAUCCUGUUCGAGAUGGAUGAUGCAUCGACUGAGAAGCCUCCCGCAACACGGCACGCCAGGGUUACGUCUUUGCGCACACUUUUUCGUAUGCUCCAGUUGCACGAACUUUCUCGAGUGCUCUAAUUGAACAAGUUUUCUCUUGUGCUCCGAAGGGACAAUCGUUCUCGAAUGCUCCAGUUGAGUAAAGUUUUUAUUACGAUCCAGUUGAACGAAUUUUCUCAGUAGAUAUUCAUGCCAGUACAUAAAUGAAUAUACCAUCCAUUUGGAUUUACACAUACGAAUGGAGCAAAUUGAUCUGGAGCUACACUAAGAGCGGAACUGCUGAUUAGUCGGUUCUUUCAAAGUCGUAACUCUGGUUGCUCUGAACGUAGUGUACCGCAACCAACCCUCAACGAAAUGGUAUUUGGUGGGUUUAGAGACAAUAUUUCACAAUUCCGAUAGGAUUUCAGAACUUUUAAAUGUUAGUUACGUGUUUUACGUACUAAGUUGCAAAUCAAUGGCAACAUGCAACUUUGAAAGUGUGUUAUGUGGUCUUUGUCCCACUAAAUGCCAUUUCAAUGCAUUUCAACAAUGUCUGAUGUUGAAAUUUUUACAUUUUCUGUUCUUGUGAAAACUGUCGCGUGUUUCUCAAAAGUGUCAUGAUUCUCAUGUGAUAUGGACAUACACUUCACUUGCACGAACCUCUGUUCGCCUCUCAAAGCCCCUUACACGGCUCUACGCCGAAUAAAGCUCUGUAUGGCGGAUAUCUCCUCAACUGCGAACUCAGUCCGCCAUUUUAAUAACUAAUGGCGGUUGCUCUCUAUAUAUCUCAAAAGUGAGCACAAACAAACGAAGUCUCGUUUUGAAGUUUCGAGACAUUUUAGUCGGUAAGGACAGCAAUAAUUUAACUUAAAUAUACCCUUUUUAUUUCUCUUUUAGUCAGCAAAUGCACACGGGAGCGACCAAAAGGUUGCGCAAAAGAGCAAUCUUGCUCUAUAUUCUUCGCAGAUCUUUAGACGUAACAUAGAUUUGACAGUAUUUUUACUAUUAUUAAUCGAUAUAUUUUAAGUAUCUCCUUGAGCUAAGGAGACUUAAGAAAUAAAAAAAAGUGAAUGCAUAGUUCCUUAUUUUUCACUUCUCUGCCAUAACUAUUUCAUUUCGAAACGAAAUAUGUUUAAUGUAAGCGGUCGUAUGGACCACAACGAUUUUAAAGUGGUGAUUAAAGAUCAUUCACACAAGGCCGACUUUCACCGCCAAACAGACGCCGAAAGUCAUCAACCCUACCGUUCACCCUUUUACCUUGAAAAGGGCAGUCGGGCUGCACUGCUUCACCUCUCGUCUUCUGAUUUUCUGUUUUCUGUCUCUUUUGUUGACCCGUAUAUCUGUAAACCCUUUCUUUGAACCCAGUGGGCCAUUCCAUAGCUGUGAUUAUUUGGUCGUCAAGCGAGGCACCGUAGUCUGCAGGUGAUGUUUCCUUUGCGUCCACUCGGAAGAGGGGACUUCCCCUUGGCGAUGCAGUUACGAACUCCGCUUUAUGAGACGAAGUGGAGUUCGGAGAGGUUAUGUUUCAUUGCAUGAAGUCCAGUGAGCGUGGUUGUGUGCUCUCCAGACACCUGUUGCUAGCGCAGCACGUACCCUUUCGGGUGUUAUGUUUUUGUCUCUCAUUCUUGAAUGGAUCCAUCCCACAACCCUUCAGUCAUAUGACACGCGUGUGUGUUUCGUAGCAAUUGUACCCCAGCACGAAAAUCCGAUGUUACGAAAGUCAAUUCACUCACGUGUCUCACUCUCAAGAUAUGAUUCUAUUUUUGUAAUAUAAAGAAAAAAACAUGAAAAAAACUAUAAAGUUAAAAAUUAUAAAAUAAUCCCGCACAUAAUGAACAGAUUGGCCUCCUGCAAUAUACAUGACGAGACAACAAAGAUAAAUAUAUUUUGUUUCAAGAACAUAUUUUUUUAAGUUCAAUUUUUAAGAGUACAAAGCCACCUGAGCUUCAAGUAACGUUUCAAUCAGAAUCGAUUCAAACAACCCUGCACCCUGUCGGUGGUAUCGCGAACGACGUCAUUACGCUACUGCCAUCUAACGGGCGCCCAACGCACUCGGCGCAACUGUGCCGCGCGGGCGGGCGGAGUCAUGGCCGCCUUUGUACCUGUGUAGUAGACUACUGUAGACGGCCCUGGCGGAGCCAAUCUGUUCUCAAUCUGUGAGGGAGGGAGUGAGAGACGUCCAGUGCUGCCAACCGCCUGGGCUGUCCCGCAGAGAGACUGCCCCGCCUGCUGGGAGCCGGUGUGAUCGAGGCGUGAGACGUCACAUCGCCCAACAUCAUCUUCUUCUUCUUCUUCAUCUUCCCCCUGGGUCGACAUUCUCCAGCUCUUCGUCUCUUCCGUAGCAGCAGCCGCCGCCGUCGCCGCCGCCGUUGCCUUCGCAGUGAUCGAUGGCCGCAUGGCCAGGCCGUUUCGGCCCCUGACAUCCCCGACUCUAGCCCCUUCCCCCCACCCCACACAAAACAUCCCUCGCCCCCCCACAGUGGGGCCCCACCCGUUCCCCGUCGCCUCCUCCACCACUCGGGCGAGUCUGGGGCGGGAUUUUAAGCUGUGGAUAGGGCGAACCUCUCCCCUUCAACCACGCCCCCUUUGACUCUUUCAUUUCCUCCCGGUCUGCUGCUCUUCUCUCUUUCUCUCGCUCUCGCUCGCUGCACGUGCGCCCGUCCGUUCUCUCCUUCGUUCUUUCUCUCAUUCUUAUUUCUUUCUUUCACACACAAUGUUUCUCUCCUUUUCAUGUGUAUUCGCGCUACAAAUACAGGGCCCCCGUGCUGAACAACAAAGGGCCGAAUUUGCUGUGCUGUUGAAAAAACUACGUAAAUCAGUACAACGUUCUAGUCCAUGGCGACAGCCAAAACGAAAAUGAGCAAAAACAUUUUUUAUCGACAAAUAAAAAAACAAGCUAAAAGAGGCAGUUAUUUCUUUUUAUUUAUUCUAGAACUGAGUGGGUUUUGUUGUAACAUACUUCUACUAUAUUAUUACUACUACUAUUGGUUUGUGUAUAUAUACAUACUAUAUGAAUAUAUAUAUUUUAAUUUAAAACUCCAUGUGAGACGAGGAAAAAGUCUACUACUAUAUCUUUUUUUGAAUAAAAAUAUUAUUAUAUAUUAUUAUCAACUUUACUAUUGUAUUUAGAAUAUGGCAUUUCUAUGGUCAAUAAACACUCUUUUUUUGGCCGACA